CGCAACAUAAUAGUUCGGUUCCAGCUUUUCCAGCUAGCGGAUGUGUUUGAUGCAGCUCGUGUGCUUUUCGGCAAGCAUUUUCCCUACGCUGUGUGAGUACGUUUUUCAUCGUGCGGAAAAACUGGUCAGUCGAGUAUUCGCAUCGGUCGCGUUCGGUCGUGCUCAAGCAGCGGGAAAAUACCAAACCACGCAGCCGAGUGUUGUUGCUGCGGUGUGUGCGCGCGUCUUCCAGCAACUUACUGCAUGUGUGUGUGUGGGGGGUUUUUUGUUGUUGUUGUUGCAAUCGAUUGUUCCACGGGGUGAGUUUCGCGUGUUUAUGAGCAUAUACCGGACUCUCAUCCCCAAUCCCGGUUCACUAUGAAGCACUAGAGCGGCGGUGCGAACUAGCCACUGGCGAGCCCAGUUUCGGUGUAGGUGCAAGUGGCGAAUGGUAUGCAAAUUGAAAUUAAUUGCAAAUUCAAAAUAUACACCCGAAACACCGUACCCGGUAGAAAGUCCAGUGAAGGUGCGACGUGCAUGCCAGUGUCCUGAUGCAUUGAUUUGCCUUUUUCCCUCACCAUACUGCGACCGGAAAUCGAUUUCGGGAUGGUCAAUCUCUGAAAAAAAAUAUAUGCACCUUUCUUCUUCUUCACCAUCGUCCCGCAAAACCGCACGUGUCAGUGAAGGUGAAUUUGUGCAAAUGUCGAAACGGAAUGAAUGUGUAAAGUACCUGCGUUUGAAAGCAUCGGUGGUGCGUUUGUGUGUGCGUGUAUGAAUCGUGUGUACAAAUGAGUUUGGCCCGGUUGUACACAAAAGCGUAAAACGCGCAACGAAACUACAAACCCAGCGCCUGCUACGACGACUGCUAGGUUUGCUGCUCUGUUCUCGUACAGAUUUUCACUGACGUUGCUUCGAAGGCAACCCCGUACGCCCAAAAAAUUCUCAACCGAGCCCUCUACCUGUAACGGACCUGCAGAAGACUACAGAAAAAAAACACGAAACACCGGAAGAAACAGAUAUUUGUUAAAAACCCAACCUCCUCAGCAAAGGACUCCCCAUAAACUUCAAACCAUUCCACCACCAGCAAACCAACCCGCACACAAACAUGGAACCGAUGGAAGCACGGGUUGCGAUGCUGCAGGACCUCAAGAUCCAAUCGUUUGACACGAUUCGCUUCGCCUCCUAUCGCACAGCCUGCAAGCUACGAUACGUACAAAAGUCGACUAACUUGCAUCUGGUCGACAUCUGGAACGUAAUUGAAGCGUUCCGCGAAAAUGGACUGAAUACACUCGAGCCCCAGAACGAGGUCAGCGUCAGCCGUCUCGAGACGCUCGUAUCGUCGCUGUAUCACAAUCUAAAUAAACGACUGCCACCGACCCAGCAGGUACACGUCGAUUCCAAGGCUAGCUUGCUGUUAAACUGGCUACUGGCGGCCUACUCCGGUGACAAUUCCGGCAAAAUACGUGUAUUUUCCAUUAAGGUAGCACUCGCGAUCAUGUGCGCCGGCAAGAUGGUCGAUAAGUUGCGAUACAUUUUCUCACAAAUCUCCGACGGAGCUGGCCAGCUGAUACACUGGAAAUUGGGCGAUUUCCUACGUGAAGUACUGGCGCUUCCGGCAGCCGUCUUCGAAUCGCCAACCUUUUUUUACAAAGAGGGCCUAGAGACGGAAAUCUUUCCGGUGGAAAACAAAAUCACCGUAAAUGAUUUUAUGGCGGGUUUCAUGACCGAACCGGGACCUGCCUGUCUCGUGUGGAUGCCGCUGCUACAUCGGCUCGCUACGGUUGAAUCCGUCGUGCAUCCGACGGUGUGUUCCGUGUGCAUGCGGGAAAACUUUACCGGUUUCCGUUACCGUUGCCAACGUUGCCAUGGGUAUCAGCUGUGUCAGGACUGUUUCUGGCAGGGACGCGUUUCACUAAACCAUCAGAACGAUCACGAGGUGAAGGAAUAUUCGAGCUACAAAAGUCCCAGCAAGCAGAUUGGCCAUUCGCUGCGCAAAAGCUUCCGCUGUGUGCCAGAUAAACCGAUUCAAGCGUUACCACGGUUUCCGGAGCAGCCGGAGAAAACACUCAACCUGUCACACAUCGUUCCACCAUCACCGCUGCCGUCACACAAUGGAUUUCCGGAUGGAGGCAUACCGGGUCUGUACGAUCGCAGUAGUACACUUGACUCACGCGCCACGGGACUAUCGCUAGACAGCAACGGAACGUCAGGAACGCGUGGAGCCGUUAAUUCUAAUGAUGAGGAGCACAGACUGAUCGCGCGAUAUGCAGCACGACUUGCACAGGAAUCACGAACGCCAGGUGGAUCAGCGCCCGAUCCGGUACAGAUAGGGCUAGACAGUUCACGGGCACAGCGUGAACUGAUCAUGCAGCUUGAAUCAAAGAACAAGGAAAUAAUGCGAGAGAUACAGAAACUGCGCCGUCAGCAGGAAGCCGAACAGGUCGCACCGGAAAGUCCUGCCCUGAUGAACGAGCUGCGCGCACUGCGACAACGAAAGGGUGAACUCGAGGGUCAUCUUGGAGCGUUGCAGGAUUCGCGCCGUCAGCUAAUGGCACAGCUCGAGGGGCUGAUGCGGAUGCUCAAAAACCAUCAAACACAGAGUCCUCGCUCUACUCCCAACUCUAGUCCACGGUCGGGUAAAAGUCCACCAAUACCGCAGGGGCCACCAAUGCCAAAUCAAGGUCCGCGACAGGGACCGAUGAACCCCGGUGGUUCGGGAAUGCCACCAAAUAUGCCUCCCGGUAUGCUUCCACCCGGUGUUGUAAUGCAUGGUCAAGAUCCGCACAUGGGUCCCGGCGGUAUGGAUAUGCGGGGAUACGCACCAAAUGGAAACAACAGUUCAUCCCCACCGGAAACAACGUUCUUGAAGGAGCGCAGAGUUUAGUGCACGUUAGAGCAAAGUUUCCCCCAAAAAAAACCGCCAGCCUGAUCCACAUUCUCCCACCGAAUAAUAAACGACCAACCCUCCCGUGGGUAGAGGGGCAACACACACGCGUUAGGUUGACCUUUCGCACGGUGCACAGCAACGGAUUGAGUGCGAGAGCCAGAGGGGUUGUAUAUACUACCACCUAUCCUUUGCAAUAAAGAUAUAGAGGGACUGCUGGAUAAAUUGCUACAACAGAAACAGAAACAGAACAGAACAUUUUUAGCAAGAUGAAAUUGUUCACACAAAUUGUAAACUUUGUCACGAAAACUCACACAUUUUCUUCUCAUCUUUGCCAAAAAAAACACAAAAUCUUGCUCUAAUUUGCUUAUUUUACAGCAACAGGAAAGCUAUUUUUGCUCUUUUUGAAGUAUUUCAAACUCGGUCUAAUAUUUAAUCGCUAUUUUUCGCUUUCUGUUCAGAGAAGAAAAGUGAACUUCACGCUUUUUGGUUUUUGGAUCUUGAGUUGCUGUUUUUGUUUAAAGCGAUAGAAUCAUUUUAUUGUUACCAUUUAUUUCGAAAAAAAAAACCAUAAAAACAAAAUAUUCCCAUAUCGCCGACACCAAUUAUGUGAAAAGUAGAACAAUUUUACGGCCUUUUUUUAUUCCAUAAAUUUUUUACAACGACGUAGAAAAACAAAAAUUGCAAAAUCUUUUUGACAAAAAAAAACACCGCCAAUAAUAAUACUCUUGUUAUUAUUUUGUAAUGCCGGUUCCUUUCUCCUUCCGUUAAUCAUGAUCCACCAUCUCAUAACCCACCUACACCUACACGCACACACUUUAAAACUUUAAUCUGAAAAAAUCUGUUUUAACACUGGUUCAGUUCAAUGAAAAACACAAUUAUAUUACACGCAUGGUCGAUCUUAAUACGAUGAUCGGUUUUCGAUCGGUUUUACUUUCUUACACGCAUGCUGAAACAAUACACGCGUCGAUUACAACGCUCACAAAACAACCACAAACAACGAUAACAACAAAAACCUGCAAAAACAUCACGAACGCAACGAAAUUUUGAUGAAAUAAUUGCGACAAUUAAACACUUCAAUCACCAACAACACCUCCACCAAACACCGAUUGGCAAUGCAAAUGGCCACAACUGGCACGAAAACACCGCGCAAUACGCAAUACAAAUGUGCUAAAUACUAAAUAAAACUAACAAAACCUA